GCUGGAAGCGAGUGCAGUUGUCUUGAUCCGGCAAAUUUCAUCGGUCUAAGACAAGCGUUCGACCCAAGGAUAACUCUGUUUCAAGGAAAAAUGAGGCCUUUCUCAUCAAGGAAGUUGACAUUUAAGACAUGUAUCUUCGCCAGCGUCCUGUUCAUUAUCUGCCUGAGACGAGCUCAAGGGGAUUCAGACGUGAUAAACACGGUCUUUUCUGGCUAUGACAAAGUGUUGAGACCCGACUAUGAAAAGGGAACACCCACAGUCGUCAAUUGCAGUCUGCUUAUCGAAUCGUUUGGAAACAUUGAAGAAGCUGACAUGGAGUAUAGAGUGUACGCUUAUUUUCACCUAACGUGGAAAGAUCCACGCUUGAGUGGAAAGGUCAACCGCACCCUUAACUUAAAAGGAGAUCAAAUAACCAACAUUUGGGUGCCAGAUCCCUACUGCUACAACGCACGAGAGUCAAACAUGAUGAGCCCUGAUGAGGAAACGCACAGCAAUCUGAAAAUUAAACCUGAUGGAGAGAUAUACUAUAGUAGAGGAGUAAGUUUGCUGGCCUCCUGCACCAUGGAUUUAAAGUAUUUUCCAUUAGAUUCUCAGAUGUGCUUUCUCAAGUUUGGAAGUUAUGGUAACACGGUGGAAGACAUCAUAUUCAAGUGGAUGCCGGGAAAAACUAACAUCGCCGUUGUACACGAGGAAUUGGCUCAGUUUAAGUACAUGGGUUCCUCACUGGAGUCUGGUGUGACUGUGCUUUCCACAGGUAAUUUCUCCACCAUAACCGCCAAGUUCUCGUUUGAGCGGCGCAUCGGCUAUUACCUUAUCCAAGUGUACUUCCCGGACAUUUUUGUUGUGGUACUGAGCUGGAUUGUCUUCUGGAUGGAAAAAGAUGACAUAGGAAAUAGAAUGGCGUUAGGAAUCACUACCAUCUUGACCAUCAUGUUUCUCCUUGGAUCCUUGAAUGGAAACUUGCCUAAAGUGAGCUAUCCAAAGGCUUUGGACUGGUAUCUGUUGUUUUCAUUCAGCUUCGUCUUCCUGUCCUUGAUCGAAAGCACAGUUGUGUUUCUUUUCGCAGUGAAAGCUAACAAAAAAGAGAAGAUCAAAUGCAAGAAACACACCAUUCCUAUCACGACAAGAAUUGCAUCAUCAAUGAAAUGCUUCGUUAGUUCGAAGAGCGCAAAUGUCAACAACGCUAACGAUGACUACAAAGGAGUAUCUGAAAAUGACCUUGAAAUGGGUUACCGUCCGAGCAAAGCUGACAAGGCCUUGGUAGAUGACGCAGAAGCAGAAGUCCCUCACAACAGGAGCACCAAGAUCACACGGAUGGAGAAGAAUGCCAGCAAUAUUGACCGAGUGUCACGCGUUCUGUUUCCACUGGUGUUCCUUGUAUUCAACCUGUUUUACUGGACAUUUUUCAACGGUCAUGUAGUUAAGCAGUAGUCGCACAUGUAAACUGAUAAGGCAGAUUGUUUUGUUUUGUUUUGUUUUUUCAGAAGUAUUUUCAGCCUCUGUGUGAACUUCUUCAGUUUUUUUUUUUCUAAAUUUAGAAAUUAGAACCAACUAAAAACGACUAAAAAGUCUAUACGUAAUCUAUUGGAAUUCUCAUUCUGCUGAAUAUCUGAACAGAACUACAAAUAUGUGUAAAGAGAGGAGAGAGGGGGUGGG